UCGGAAGGAGCAAGCCGGUCUCAUGGCACUGGACAUGACAACAGGAUCCUCCUCCUCCUCCCGCUCUCUGAUGCGCCAGUUCUGGCACGAACACUCACAAGUGUCUUCACUGGAAGAAAUGAUGUUGGAUUCAAGUGCACAAGAGCUCACACAGGAGGAUGUGCCAGAGAUCCUUGCUCUUUUGCCCUGCGUGGAAGGCCAAGACAUACUGGAGCUGGGAGCAGGCAUCGGCCGGUUCACUGGGCCUCUGGCAGAUCUGGCACAUCAGGUCACAGCCGUGGAUUUUAUGGAGAGCUUUGUCACGCAUAACCAGAAGGAGAAUGGGCAUCGGCCCAAUGUGGUAUUUCUUCAGGCUGAUGUAACCAUCUUACAACUGCCAAGCCAGAGUUUUGACCUCAUGUUCUCCAACUGGCUUUUCAUGUAUCUCUCUGAUGCUGAGCUGAGCAGUGUGGCCCAGAAGAUGCUGAGCUGGCUUCGUCCAGGGGGACACCUGUUCUUCCGGGAGUCUUGCUUCCACCAGUCAGGGGACAGCCCAAGAGCAUUCAAUCCAACAUUGUAUAGAUCACCUAAAGAGUAUAAUCGCCUCCUCACUUCCAUCCAGAAGAUCUUUGGAGACAAAGCCUAUGGAUUUGAGAUAGUCAUGUCCAGAUCUGUGCAAACUUACAUAAAGAGGAAACGAAACAGGAAUCAGGUUUGCUGGCUUCUCCAAAAAGUCCCGCGAAACAGCACAUCUAUGCGCGGAUACGACACCUUCCAGCAGUUCCUAGACAACGAGCAGUAUGCUCUCCGCAGCAUCCAGCGCUAUGAAUGGGUUUUUGGACCUGGCUUUGUCAGCACUGGGGGAAUCGGCACCACUAAGGAGCUGAUGUCCAUGCUGGCUUUGAAACCAGAACAGAAAGUGUUGGAUGUGGGCUGCGGGCUUGGUGGAAGUGAUUUCUACAUGGCAAAGGAGUUUGGCGUAGAGGUUUUGGGUCUGGAUCUUUCGCACAACAUGGUGGAGCUGGCGUUGGAGAGAGCCCAGCAGGAGACGAAAUCCCUGGUGCAAUUUGAAGUUGGUGAUGCCACCCGGAGGGUGUUUCCAGAGGGUUCCUUUGAUGUGGUUUACAGUCGAGACACGAUCUUGCACGUGGCAGACAAAAGAGCCCUCUUCCAGAGGUUCCUGUUGUGGCUGAAACCUGGUGGGCAGCUCCUCAUCUCUGAUUAUUGCUGUGGGCCGCGUCCAUGGUCAGAAGUUUUCACCAAGUAUGUCAAGCAGAGGGGAUACAGUCUCCUCAUGCCUCAGGAAUACGGCCAGGUACUGCAGGAAGUUGGAUUCAGUAGUGUCCAGUCCUUGGACCGCACCGAACGGAUGCUGUCAGCACUAAUCCAAGAGUUGCAAGCCCUGGAGAAAAGUCAGGAGAGCUUUAUUCAGGAAUUCUCCAAGGAAGAAUUUGAGGCUAUAGCCUCUGGUUGGAGAGAGAAGCUUGAACGCUGCGUGGAUGGGGACCAACGUUGGGGUGUUUUCCAUGCAGUGAAGCCACUAUAAGGCUCUGCCGCCGCCAGGCCAAUGAAUCCCAGCCAGCUCCCAAACCUUCCCACUAACAUUUAAUAGCGUUUUAACUUUUUUGCUUUUUUUCUCCUGCUGUUCUUGGGUCAUGUUUCACGGCUGGAUCCUAGGUACAGAAGCUUGGAAGAAAUGUCACUUUCCAGUUGUGCUGGCCUUUCAUUCAGAGGAUUUGGCUUUGAUUAAUUCCAGUCUAGAGGAGCUGGAUGCUUCUUUUCUUUUUCUUUUCAUCUCUUUUCUUUUGGUUGUUAGACAUGGAAAUAGUUUUGAGGAGGGUAGGGACCAAAGUAAUCACUGCUGAUAUUACAAAAGAUACUGAUGGCUCUCUGAAGAAGGGUAACUUGGUAUAGUUUCCUGCGCAGUUUGUAGGGAGAAGAGUGAAGAAGGGGGUCUCUCCCAGGCAAACUGCUUCAGGUUCCCCAAACAUAGUUCUUUUCCUCAGCCUUUUGAGAGUUUCUCUCCUGCUUCUGUUGGUAAAGCAGUUCAGGAGAAGGUGGGCAUAUAGACUUGCAGAGGCAUGGGUAGAUCUCCAUCUUACAUUUAUAAUGUAGCACAGUCUUAGGGCCAAACCUACACUUGAUUUUGGAGUUCUGUGACUGGAUUCCAAAUGUGUGCUUUGGGUCCCAGAAACACCCACAGGGAGCUUGGUAUGGAGAGGGAGCUCCCUUGCUGGAAAGAGGUUUUAAACUGUUCUUCCUGCACCAUUUUUAUGUAUUUUAUUUUACUUUAUUUAUACCUCACCUUUCUCCCCAAAAUGGUUUACACCUCCUUUCUUCCAUUUUUCGCUCACAACAACCCUGUGAGAUAGGCUAAGCUGAGAGUAUGUGACUAGGCCAAGGUCAGCCAGCAAGUUUCCAUGGUAGAGCAGGGAUUCAGACUUGGUUCUCUUAGAUCCUAGUCCGUUACUUUAACCACUACACCACAUAGGCUGUCAGUGUGACUUUCCUUGAUUGCAAAUUUCCACCUCCAACUGCUUCAAGCCGAAGCAGAGGAGGGGGGUGGGAACUGUGCAUCUUUUUUCCUCACCUGGAACAUUAGUCCAAAAGGGCCAUUUUUAAUUGGGUGGGAGGAAUGCCAGGGGAGAAGAGAGAAGCUCUCCUUUUCCCAGCACUGCAUCACCCAUCUAUAUGGACUUUCAGAUUUCUACCCCUGCAAAUUCCCAUUGUUAAAAACAGCCCAAAAGUUGCAUUGAAGUCCUGUGAUUGCGUCAGCAGAGGGCAGCACCUCCCCAUCUGGUUUGCGGCGUGCUGGUGCUGUUGCCCAGCAAUGCUUCAGAACUCCUUAUCUCUGCCUGUCGCAAUUUGGAGAGAGUGCCCAUGUCCUGACCAGAGAGUCUCGCGGGCUUGUUUUUACACAUUAACAUUCUAUGUGGGGGAAAGAACCUGCAAAUAGACAGCAGUGCACUGAUCACAUUAGGUCUCUUGGAGAUGAUGGAUAAUAGCGCCUUUCUUCUGCAUUUACCAGAUGGGGAGAAGGCUUGCUGAGCUGGUGUAGACCUUAGUGCAGUUUGGUGCCAUAGGCAGAAAACCCAGACACACACACAUGUGCACACCGUGAAUUUGUAUGGGGCACGAGCUACAGAGCAAUUCUCUUGUCCAUGGCUACACUCUUGCACAACUCCCUUCCAUUUCCAUAGGAUGCACAUGAAAACUCCUCACUAGAUUGGAAGCAGGGAAUCAAAUAUGUUGAUCUCCUGCUCUGCCACUCUUAACGGUGCCUCCAAUCCGUUGCCUUCCCAGGCCUCAGCAGGGCUGUGUCUAUGAUCUUGCUUUUUUUAUUUAGAAAAUAAUAAAUCUGAUUUUCAUUUCUACUAUCUUAAUAUAUAAAAGGUGAGCCGUAUUGGUGAUGACUCACCUUUUAUCCCUGUGCGGGCACACUCACAGGCCCCUCUGUGGGGAUAAAAGGUGAGUCCUUGGCAACUCGGCUUGCUGAGGAGACCCCAGCAGGCUGCUGCCGGUGGUGAGAAGGCCCAGUGCGGUGGAGCAGCCGCUGCAGGGCCUUGGGAGGGCCACGCUGGGCUUCCGUGAUGCCUCAGGUAGGGUGGCCAGUCCCCCGCUCCCAUCCUGGGGCUGGAUCCGGCGGCUGUGGAGCUGUGUUUAUUUCAGUAGAAUGUUGCCAUUCUACCACAAUAAAGGGGGAAUGCGCAGCCUCCAGAAGACUGGAAUAAAAAAGCAGUUGGGU